AUGAUUCACGAGAACAUGUACGCGUUCUUAGAUGGGCUCGUGAUCGUUGUGAUGUAUUUGUUAACUGACGCUCGAUUAUCAGUGAUUCAAAAUCUGUCAAAAACCAGCUGCAUAUUGUCUACAAAGGAUUUCAAAGAUUUAUCGAAAAUGAUUCACACGAAGGAUAUUUUAGGUUCUUUAUUUCUGGCCAUCCAUAUACCAAACUGUUUUAAGCACAACAUUUUCGUGACAGUAUGGAAUCUUACCAACAUAUACAUAAUGAUGGCCAACUUUUCCAUGGACAUAUUCUACAUAAAUUGCGUGUGCAUUUUGAAAGAUUGCUUCAAGAAAAUGGAAGAAUCUAUACGACAACUGAAGAAGUUCCGAAUCAAUGAUAAUAUGUCGACGCAGACGUUUAUGCAUCAUGAACAGAUAAGUCCAUUGGUGGUGAUGAAACUGAAGAGUUUAGAGGAAAAACACUUGGAAAUCAGCGAUGGGGUGGAAUUGCUGAACCAUACGUUUAUGAUACGUGUUAUAGUCGCAGCUAUUACGACUUUCAGCGUGGUUACUUUCGAUAUAUAUUUCUAUAUAAUUUCUAUACACAGUAAAUUUCCUGCAAACAUUAAGUACUGGUACAAACCGUAUGUCGUGCCAGCCGCUUUCUAUUUUAUCAAGUUUUGGAUGAUGAUUUGGGCGUGUGAAACAGCGACGAAUCGAGCGAAAGAAAUGAAGACGACACUUUGGGAUGUUUUCAGUGCUACGAACGAUCCAUUCGUAAAACGCGAGGUAACAAUUUAA